AUGAAGAUGACCGACGAAGUUACUCUCGCGGAAUAUCUUUUCCUCAGACUGCAUCAGCUCGGAGUGCGUAGCGUUCACGGUGUUCCUGGUGACUACAACCUAGUUGCUCUAGAUUAUGUUGAACCUUCAGGACUACACUGGGUGGGUAAUGCCAACGAACUCAAUGCUGGAUACGCAGCCGAUGGCUACGCCAGGAUCAAGGGCAUCUCGGCAUUGAUGACUGCAUUUGGAGUUGGAGAAUUGUCUGCCCUGAAUGCGAUUGGUGGAGCAUAUGCAGAGAAGGCCCCGGUGGUCCAUAUUGUCGGUGUCCCAUCCACGUCGUCCCAGGAUCAGGGUCUUGUUCUACACCAUUCAUUUGGAGAUGGAAAUUUCCGCCUGAAUGCAGAGAUCUACGCCAAGUUCACUUGUGCGCAGGCCAAUCUGAGAACUGUCGAGACUGCCCCUGCCUUGAUUGAUGAGACUCUGCGUCAAUGCCUGCUCCAAAGCAGACCUGUCUAUAUUGAACUGCCCACCGACUUGGUCAAGGCUCGCAUUCCCGCUAGCAAGCUCAAACGAUCCAUUGAUCUAUCGGUUGCUCCAAAUGACCCAGGGAUUGAGAAUGCUGCCCUUGAAGAUAUCCUCACGCGAUUAUAUGCGGCCAAACAGCCCUUCAUUGUUGUCGACGGCUUUGCCCCACGGUAUGGAAUAAGUUCCGAGGCAGAUGAGCUCGUGCGUGUCACUGGAAUUCCAUCCUCAACAACACCAUUUGGAAAAGGAAUAAUCAACGAGACAUACCCAAACUUCCAUGGGGUUUUCGCAGGAGCUGCAGGCAAGGAGGCAUAUGUGUCCUGGGUGAACUCCUGCGACCUCGUUAUCCGCAUUGCACCAUUAAAUGCAGACACCAAUACCUACAGCUUCACUACGUUGACCCCCCGGAACGUGACCAUUGAGGUGCACCAGAAUGGGGUGGAGGUUUGUGGAGCUCUCUAUCGUGAUCUGAACACCAAACCCCUCUUGCGGAAACUGCUUGAUCGUCUGGAUACAUCAAGGCUGCCCCGACUGAGCCCGUACCCGAACCUUGGAGAUCCCCAAACGGAGCUUGGUGAGCUUGCAAAGCCGGCUCGCGAUGCAAUCAUUGACCAAGAGACCUUCUGGCAGCGCAUUUCACACUUCUUCCGCUCUGGCGACAUUGUCAUGACCGAAACCGGCACUUCAUCUUCCGGCGGAAAGGACUUUGUCUUGCCUCCAAAAACAACGGUGAUCAACUCCGCCCUCUGGCUUUCGAUCGGGUACAUGCUUGCUGCCAGCAGCGGUGCAUCUCUCGCUCAACGUGAGAUGAUCUCGGAAAAGAGCCGUCUAAACGGUCGAACUAUUCUAUUCGAAGGCGACGGCAGUCUCCAGAUGAGUGUGCAAGCGAUUGGAGAUAUCAUUCGCAACCGUCUGGAUAUAACAAUUUUUGUGAUCAACAACAAUGGCUACACCAUCGAACGCUAUAUCAACGGCAUGCACGCGGGAUACAACUGGGUCCAGCCCUGGCGGUAUCUGGAGUCAGCGCGGUACUUUGGGGCUCCCGAGAACGAUCCCGAGUACCCGGUGUUCAAUAAGCGAGUCGAAAACUGGGGCGAAUUGUUGGAUGUUAUGCAGAAUAAGCAGCUGAAAGCUGGCAAGGGCUUUAAUAUGGUGGAAGUUGUCAUGAAUGAAGAAGACGCGCCGUAUUCAUUGAAGAGCCUUGUGCGAAUGGCGGCAAAGAGAAAUGAAGGUCGUGCUCCACCGACCCAUCAAGAGUCAAAGAGAGCCAGGGACGACAACGUGGUGGAUUCUGCUGCCCCUGCAACACGGAAAGUUGAGGCGAAAAAGAAAAGGAGAAGAAUCUAG